GAGGCGGUGCGACGUGGCCCCGCCUCCCACAUGCGAGGACGCUGAGACGUGUGAGGUCACUUCCGGUGUGAGGGAUAGUUUCCUGUGCCGUUUCCACCCUAGCUGUCUUUUUGCUUCCAGAUUGGCGCCAUCAUGGGUCGCAUGCAUGCUCCCGGGAAAGGCCUGUCCCAGUCGGCUCUGCCGUAUCGCCGCAGUGUCCCCACCUGGCUGAAGCUGACGUCUGACGACGUGAAGGAGCAGAUUUACAAACUGGCCAAGAAGGGCCUCACUCCCUCACAAAUCGGUGUGAUCCUGAGAGACUCCCACGGUGUUGCACAAGUACGUUUUGUGACGGGUAAUAAAAUCUUGAGAAUUCUUAAAUCUAAAGGACUUGCUCCUGAUCUCCCUGAGGAUCUCUACCAUUUAAUUAAGAAAGCAGUUGCUGUUCGAAAGCAUCUUGAGAGGAACAGAAAGGAUAAGGAUGCCAAGUUCCGUCUGAUCCUGAUUGAGAGCCGGAUUCACCGAUUGGCUCGAUAUUAUAAGACCAAGAGGGUCCUCCCCCCCAAUUGGAAAUAUGAAUCAUCCACAGCCUCUGCCCUGGUGGCAUAAAUUUGUCUGUGUACUCAAGCAAUAAAGUCAUGAUUUAACUAAAA